AGGAAAAACAAAUCUGUUGUAAUAGAUGUACUCGUCAAGUUUAAUUUAACAGAUUGUGAUUGCUCUGGCAGAACAAAUAAAGUUGUUCUCAUUUUAAAGAAUGAUACUUUCUCAUACUUCAGUGCUGCACCACUAAUACUUAAUACAAUAGAUACUUGUUAUGGUGUUGCAACUUUAAUAUUGCCACCUUGUAUCAGCUUUGAGUCUGAAAUAAUUCUCAAAAAUGAAGUUGGGAGUAAUGAUGGGAAAGAAAUGUUUAUAGAUAUGACUCCAUUGAAAGAUGCCAUUUAUACUAAUGGAUCUAUUAUAUGUUAUUUUACUGAUGAGGUUAUGAUUGCUAAUAACUACUCAACUGGUUGUGUAGUAUAUUAUGCUAAUAUGGGUCAACCAGCGUAUGGCAUGAGGGAUAAUGAUACAUCUACGACUGCUAUAGUUAAUACUACUGAUAUCAAAUCUACUGAAUAUUAUGUGAUGCCUGUACCUUUGGAUUCAAUCUAUAUAAACGUUGAAGCAGGAAGUAGUAGUCCUGUACAUAUUAAUUGUACAAGUACUGGUAUCAAUUUUGAACCUAAAGAACUCGUUAUGGCUGCAGUGGCCAUUUUGAUUGCAAUAUUAAUUGCAUUUGUGCUUGGAACAAUAAUUGGAUGUGUUUGUAAAAAAGUUGAAGUGAACAACAAUGUACAAAUUCAAGGUGUACAUAUGAGUCCAAAUAAAGACAGCAUACAUAGUAGUCCUGAACAACUCAGAAAUUCAGGUGAAGACAGCAUACAUAGUAGUCCUGGACAACUCAGAAAUUCAGGAGAAAACAGCAUGCAUAGUAGUCCUGGACAAUUUAGAAAUUCAGGUGAAGAAAGCAUGCAUAGUAGUCCUGGACAACUCGGAAAUUCAGGAGAAAACAGCAUGCAUAGUAGCCCUGGACAAUUUAGAAAUUCAGGUGAAGACAGCAUGCAUAGUAGUCCUGGACAACUCGGAAAUUCAGGAGAAAACAGCAUGCAUAGUAGUCCUGGACAAUUUAGAAAUUCAGGUGAAGACAGCAUGCAUAGUAGUCCUGGACAACUCGGAAAUUCAGGAGAAAACAGCAUGCAUAGUAGCCCUGGACAAUUUAGAAAUUCAGGUGAAGACAGCAUGCAUAGUAGUCCUGGACAACUCAGAAAUUCAGGAGAAAACAGCAUGCAUAGUAGUCCUGGACAAUUUAGAAAUUCAGGUGAAGACAGCAUGCAUAGUAGUCCUGGACAACUCGGAAAUUCAGGAGAAAACAGCAUGCAUAGUAGUCCAGAACAACUCAGAAAUUUAGGUACAGAUGGCAUGAAUGAAUACAGUGUACAUAACAGCAUAAGUGAAGAUUGUGAUCAAGAUGGUGAUUCUGUAUAUACUCAAGGUUUUGAAGCUCAAAAAGCAUCAGCUAUACACUAUGUCACUGGUCAGAUAUCUGAACAGGAUCAGCAAACUGCUACUAGCUAUUCAACUGCUUUAGGUGGACAUGCAUCUGAAGUUGAGGGACUCCUUGCUGAAGAAGUUGAGAUGGAUCAAAUCGGACACGGAACUAAUAAUAACUAAUG